CAGAGGCAGGCGGGCGGGCGCGCGGUGAGGAGGAGGAGGGGGCGCUUCGGCGGCGGCCGCGGCGGGACCAACGGACGGGCAGGCGGACACCCAACAGGUGGAGGAGAAGGCGGCGGAGAGGCGGACGAUGCUGAGCGAAGCUGUGGAGAGCGGAGGCGGAGGAGCCGUUACCGGCCCCGGGGAGAGCCCCGCGGGGGAGCCCGCGGCCAAGCCCGCCCCGCCCGCGGCAGCCUUAUCCGCGGCACCCGCGGCGCGGAGCCAGGCGGCCAAGCGCGUCUUAGCCACCCAGGUGCAGGGCACUGUGAAAUGGUUCAACGUCCGCAAUGGCUAUGGAUUUAUAAACAGGAAUGAUACCAAGGAGGAUGUGUUUGUGCACCAGACAGCAAUUAAGAGGAACAACCCCCGUAAAUUCCUCCGAAGUGUGGGAGACGGGGAAACGGUGGAGUUUGAUGUUGUGGAAGGAGAGAAGGGGGCUGAGGCGGCCAAUGUGACUGGCCCAGGCGGCGUUCCUGUGAAGGGCAGCCGCUAUGCUCCCAACCGCCGCCGCUUCCGCAGGUUCAUCCCCAGGCCCCGGCAGGCCCAACAGCCACAGGAUGCCACCCGAACAGAAGGGGCCGCAGAGACGGUCAGCGAGGGGGAGAGGGCUGAUGAUGCUGUACAGCAGCGCCCCCGAAGGAGGCGCCCCCCACCAUUUUUCUUACGCCGGAGAUUUGUGCGGGGGCCUAGGGCUCAAGGCCAGCAGCAGCAGGCCCAGCCAGCAGAAGGCAGUGAAAGCACAGAACCCAAAGAUGCCACCCAGCCAGAGGGAGACCAGCAACAGCAGAUCCAGGCUGGUGAGAGAGCCCCAGCCCCUCGCUUCCGUCCCAGAUACCGCAGACUUUUCCGCCCCCGCCCACCGCAGCAGCCCACCACUGAGGGAGGAGAUGGCGAGACAAAGGCGGCACAAGCCCCAGCGGACGGCAUCCGUCCUGAGCCCCAGCGCCAGCGCAACCGACCUUACUUCCAGCGCAGGCGCCAGCAAACAGCUGCCGCCCGCCAGACUGCAACUGAGGCUACCACAGCUACCAAAGAGCAGCCUGCUCCGAGCUCUGCUGCUGCUGGUGGAGACACCCCUGCCACUAGCACACCUGCGAUGGCUCAAGAAGCAGUGGUGGAAGCCAGCAAGCCUGCUUCCCCAGCCCAGGAGAGUCCCUCCCAGCCGCUGCCGGAGAUCCAGCAACAGCUUGUGGAUAUCUCAACACCUGAGCCUGGGGGAGAGCUGGCCCCAGCCCUACUGGCGUGAUGAACCUGCACACGGUGAGGGGAUGCCAAGAGCUGUGAUCUGGUGUCCUCAAUGUGCCUACAACCCAAGUUACCUCAUCCUGCACUUGAAGAGACCCCAAACUUCACCAAUACCCCCUUUGCUGCUGUUGAAGCCCUGAAUGUGAAAAA